AUGUCAGAUAAACAGGGUCGAAACACAGCAACUACGCGUCAAAACACUGGUCGCGAUGCGUCGUCAAGAUGGCCAUGGAGGUCUUUGGGUCUUAUCGCCGCCGUGCUCGCCGUCGUCCUCCCUGCCUUAAACUCCAAUUUACCUUCGCUAUGCCACCAAGCACCCACCGAAAGAGCCCAGGAUCAAUUCACCGUCAACAUCCUCGAGAGUCUAAGCUCAGAUAGCUUUCGGGAAAGAAGCAUCCAACGGCUCGCAGGCGCCAUUCAAAUUCCAACAGUAGCAUACGACGACAUGGGCCCAGUCGACCAAGACCCUCGUUGGAACAUCUUCGAUGACUUCGCAGGAUACCUCGAGACGACCUUCCCCACUGUCCAUGAGAAACUCAAGCUUGAGAAAGUCAAUACUCAUGGCCUGUUGUACACAUGGAUGGGCAGUGACCCAACGUUGAAGCCAACGGUUUUGAUGGCGCAUCAAGACGUUGUACCCGUUCCUGAAACUACUACCUCACAGUGGAAGCAUGCGCCUUUCAGUGGCGAAUUUGACGGUUCCGCUAUUUGGGGUCGAGGUGCGUUGGACUGCAAGAACACACUCAUUGGAUCUCUGGAAGCUGUGGAGGCUUUGCUGGAAGCAGGAUUCAAGCCCAAACGGACAGUCAUUCUCUCAUUCGGCUUCGAUGAAGAGAUCUCUGGUCACCAUGGAGCGUCAUUCCUCGCAUCCUUCCUCCUCGACCGUUACGGCGAAAACGGUAUCGCGCUCAUCAUUGAUGAGGGAGCUCCCAUUCUUCCUCUUUGGGGCACACACUUCGCUGUGCCAGGCGUAUCAGAAAAAGGCUACGCAGACGUCGAGAUUAUCGUGCGCGCCAAGGGCGGUCACAGUUCUAUGCCUCCAGUACACACCAGUGCUGGUAUAGCUGCCGAGUUAGUCACCAUGAUUGAGAAAGCGCCGUAUACGCCUCAACUUCAUGAGGAUAAUCCGCUGUUGGACUUUUUAUGGUGCGGUGCUGAGCAUGCUCCUGGUUUCAUGAUGGGUCUGAAGUAUCUGCUCCCCAAGAAAGGGCAGACUGGUAUCUUAGAGAGUGUUAGGCGGAUGUUGUUUCCGCGGCUAGUGUCAAAGGUGAAUCGAAUGGCUGGAUACCUGAUCUCGACGACACAGGCGGUCGAUGUGAUACACGGCGGUGUCAAAGUCAACGCGCUACCCGAGCGAACAACCGUGUUGAUAAAUCACCGCAUCAACAUCGGCGACACAUCCGCCCUCAUUCGUCAAAAGCUCACCAAAAUCACCAGCGAGGUAGCGAAACGUCAUAAUCUCACGCUCCACGCCUUCGAUAACUCGACAGAACAAGAAUCUUCAGUUACCAUUCGUUUCAUGGGCAGUGUUCUCGAGCCCGCACCGAUAUCACCAACAUACUCCACUGGAGAAAGCCCAUGGUCUGUACUCGCCAGCACAACGCGCUCUCUCUACGGAAAGAAUGUUGUUAUGGCGCCCGGUAUUAUGCCUGCGAAUACCGAUACAAAGUAUUACUGGAAUCUGAGUCGCCAUAUUUUUCGAUAUUCGCCUGGUUGGGAUCCGGAGACGUUGUCAAUUGAGGGGAUACAUACUGUUAAUGAGAGGGUUAGUGCUGUUGCGCAUGUAAAGACUGUUCAGUGGUAUGCGAGCUUUCUGAGGAAUGUGGAUGAGGCGAGAUUUGAAUGUGACAACUGGCGUCUCCCAUAA